AUGGCUUCUUCUUCAUCUCUAUCUCACAGUUGGUUGUAUCACGUCUUCCUGAGCUUCCUUGGAGAAGACGUGCGCAAAGGCUUUCUUAGUCACGUUCGGAAAGGGCUCGAAAGCAAGGGAAUCAUAGCUUUCGUUGAUGAAGAGAUCAAGAGAGGCGAAUCUGUCGGUCCCGUACUUGUAGGAGCGAUCAGACAAUCAAGGGUUUCCGUUGUCUUGCUCUCCCCUAACUACGCUUCAUCAAACUGGUGUCUGGACGAGUUGGUGGAAAUCAUGAAGUGCAGGGAAGAGUAUCAACAGACAGUGAUGACCAUUUUCUACGAAGUGGAUCCAUCUGAUGUUAGGAAGCAGACCGGAGAUUUCGGGAAAGCCUUCGAUGCAACCUGUGUGGGAAAAAUAGAAGAGGUGAAGCAGGCAUGGAGGCAAGCUUUGACGGAUGUCGCGGGUGGUUACCACACUAGCAACUAGUUGGUUCACUUUUAUUUCCACUUGCUUAUUUAUAGGGAUGUUAACAUUGAUAAUUACCAUGGAUUUACCCAAACCCAGUAAUAAUGGGUUGGGUUUUUACCCAUCUACAA